CUCUUUUUUCUACUUUUCUCUCUUUCUCCUUUCCACUCUCCCUUCCCUUUCCAUUCCUUUAUAUUAUUAUUGUUUUUUUUUUCUUGAAGAAAAAAAAAUCUAAUCUAUACAAAAAAAUAAAAAUUCCUCUUAUACCUUAAUAUUUAUUCUUCAUAAUGCUUCAACAACAAGAUUUUUAUCAAUCACAAGAGUCUGAUUAUUAUCACCAAGACGCCAUGACGGUCGCACAACAUUUAACAACUGAACAAUAUCUUUAUGAAUUCCCCACCAAGGAUUGUUUAGAAGCAUUGGCUUAUUUGGACGAUGCCAAUCAAAAUUCAUUUUUUGAUGCUUCUUCAUUUACAAGCACGGCAUUCUCAUCGGCUUAUUAUUAUGAUAGUUCUUCUUUUGAUCAUGAGACAAUUCAGGAAGAAGACGAGUUAGUGGAUGAUGGCAGGCUAUCACCACUUCAAUUACCUUCUCAAGUGAGCCCAAGACCACGUCCUUUAUCUUGCGACACAGUGAUCCCUGUGGGUCCUGCUUCAUUCUUAGCUGAUACUCCAUUGUGCGAUCACGUUACACCAAAAGAUGAAUGCCUUGAUAAUGCCUCAGUUAGUAGUAGUAUACCUAGUGAUUCUCGUAUAGUGAUCAUUAAACUCAAUCGACUUCAUAAACAAUCACCCAUCACUUACAUUCAACCUAAAUUCCCUGAAGGAUCCUACAGUGAUGAAGGCUAUGACGAUACCACCGAACUCGAUGAAGAACUCGAAUCACAAUGCAUAUUUUAUCCAUUGAAUGAAGACGAAGAAUCAUCAGAAAAAGACAGAGCAGCCACCAAGAUUCAGGCUGUCUGGCGAGGCUAUGCGAGUCGUAAACAAGCCAAGACAUGUGCCUUAAAACCAGAUCAACAAGUGAUGCUCGGACUUGCCAAGAUAUCAAAUCGUUUUCAUCAACGUCAAAUGCAAGCCAUGCAAGACCGAUUGAAUCAAUUAGAACAACGUGUACGUCAAGAAUCAGCCAUGCGAAGAGCAUUUGAAAAAGCCAUGGAAGACAUGACUGUGGUGAUGGACCAACAGCAAAAAGUGUUGUAUGAUCGUCUUGAACAAGAAGUUCAUCUUCGCCAAGCCUAUGAGACCAAGAUGAAUGCCACUUUAGCACAAUUACAACCUUUGGAAACACGUUUAAGAAAAGAAACCAGCAGUCGUCUAAAAUUGGAAGAAAUGAUGACACGCGUUCUAGACCAGAUGCAUGCAUCAGAAACAGCAAGACAAAAACAGGUUGAACAAGAAGCAGCUUCCAGGCGCCAAUUACAGGCUCAAUUGGACAAAGCCUUAGAAGGAAUUGAAGAACUCAAAAGUAGAAAAGAUACCAAUGUACGUCGUUCCAUGAUACCAAAUACAACCAAACAAGUUCGUUCCUCCACGCCUUUAGAAAGACCUUCUGUUGUUCCUUCCAUCAGACGAACACAAAAAUCAACACUUACAAAUAGAAAUAAAUAAAUAAAUAAGAAUAUGAGUCUGUGCAUAUACCUUAUUGUUCGCGCAACAAUCAAAGUGGGUACAUUACUUUAAAAGGCUUUUAUCCGAAGUAGAUUUGUGUGACCAAUGCUGCCAUCAUAAGACUCAAAAAGGUUAAAGUCAUAAUGGAAGUCUAUUUAAUGUAUCGAUCAAGUACAUGUUAAGUCAUCCCCCCAAAAA